UAAAUUGCUCAAAUUAAAUUCAAAGUAAAUUUAGUUGGAAAGAAACAAUUAGCUUAAUUUGUUUGUAAAUAAACACUUAAAAAGAUCUUGAACUCGCUGAAAUAACUCCGCACCUCUUGUAGCAGUGUAGUGUUCUUCAGCGCUUGGCACUCUGGCCACACUUAACCCGCUGCAUUUUCCUAACAUCGUGAAAAAAUCGGCGCGCCAUUUCUGUCCACCGUUUGCGUCCGACUCGCUCUGUUUUUGCAGACUUGACAAAUUCGCCAGUGUUUAUUUGUUUGAAGCGGAGCCUGGCCUGCCCCCGACGACAUCCGCACAGGCCCCGCCGCCCUAGAUUGAGCAACGUGGUGAAAUCGCAGCAUUGCUCACUCGCAUUCCGUCGAAGAACAAAGGAGGGGAGCUCCCGAGUGUAUGUGUUUAUUAUCUGAGAAGUGGCAGUGAGCAACAUGUUUGGCGGCACGAAACCCACCUUCGGCGCCACACCGGCGGCCACGAGCUUUGGCGGCUUCAGCGGCACCUCGGCGGCCGCUCCGUUUGGCCAGUCGGCGUUUGGCAAGCCGGCGGCCCCGGCGUUUGGGAACACCUCAACCUUUGCCGCCCAGCCGGCGCAGCAGUCGCUCUUUGGGGCGGCGGCCACGCCGGCGCAGCCAGCUGGAGGACUAUUCGGGGCCAACACGUCCACGGCCUUCGGGAGCACCGCCACAGCGCAGCCCACGGCAUUUGGAGCCUUCUCGCAACCGCAGCAGACCUCGAACAUUUUUGGAUCCACCCAGGCGGCUGGGAGCACCUCCCUCUUCGGCCAGUCGACGCUUCCCGCCUUUGGAGCCGCCAAGCCGACAAUGACGGCCUUUGGACAGACGGCUGCGGCCCAGCCCACGAGUUCUUUGUUUGGCCAACCGGCUGCCGCGACCAGCACGACGGGAUUCGGAUCCUUUGGUACCACGGCGCCCACGACCACAAGUGUCUUCGGCAGCGGCACCGCCUCGGCCUUUGCCCAGCCCCAGGCCACCGCUGUGGGGGCUGCCGGGGUCAAUACGGGCACAGCCGUGGUCAAGUACCAGCCCACCCUGGGCACCGAUACGCUGAUGAAGAGCGGACAGCCGAAUAGUGUGAACACCAAGCAGCACUGCAUCACGGCCAUGAAGGAGUACGAGGGCAAGUCGCUGGAGGAGCUGCGCCUGGAAGACUAUAUGUGUGGGCGCAAGGGCCCGCAGGCGGGCAGUGCUCCAGGGGCCUUCGGAUUCGGCAGUCAGGUGACCCAGCCCGCCCAGCCGGCGGCCGGUGGAUUGUUUGGCAACACUGCUCAGCCGAGCACGGGUCUGUUUGGCCAGACGGUGACCGAGAAUAAGAGCAUGUUUGGAACCACCGCCUUUGGGCAACAGCCGGCGACUAAUAGUGCCUUCGGGGCACCGGCCCAGCAGAACAACUUCCUGCAGAAGCCCUUUGGAGCCGCAACCACCACGCCAUUUGCCGCCCCGGCAGCAGACGCAUCAAAUCCUUUCGGAGCAAAGCCCGCCUUUGGGCAGGGUGGAAGUUUGUUUGGACAGGCACCUGCAACCAGUGCAGCUCCAGCUUUCGGGCAAACGAACACCGGAUUUGGAGGAUUCGGCUCCACUGCUGGCGCAACGCAGCAGACUUCUCUAUUCGGAGCUACACCUGCCGCCGAUCCCAACAAGUCGGCCUUUGGGCUUGGUACCUCUCAACCCGCAGCCACAACAGGAUUUGGUUUUGGAGCUCCAGCCACGAGCACCGCAGGCGGAGGACUCUUCGGAAACAAGGCAGCAACAAGCUUCGCUGCGCCCGCCUUCGGAGCCACCUCCACUGCCAGCACCCCGUUCUCAAACUUUGGCCUCAACACCAGCACAGCCGCAACAGGAGGAGGUCUCUUCAACUCGGGUAUGAACAAGCCAGCCACCUCGGGAUUCGGAGGUUUUGGAACCACCAGCGCAGCACCUCUUAAUUUCAACGCAGGCAACACGGGAGGAUCGCUUUUCGGGAAUACGGCCAAGCCGGCAGGAGGUCUAUUCGGCGGAGGAACCACAACCUUGGGUGGCACGGGAGCUGCUCCAACAGGCGGAUUAUUUGGAGGCGGUACUAGCGGCUUCGGAGGCGUCGGUGGUUCCUUGGGCGGGGGCGGCUUUGGAAUGGGAACGAACAACUCGUUAACCGGAGGUCUCAUGGGCGCUCAGCCUACAAUAGGUAUUAUGACGCCCUCGCACCAGCCCAUACAUCAGCAGAUCCUGGCCAGGGUCACAUCGCCCUACGGAGAUUCGCCCAUUUUCAAGGAUCUGAAGCACAGCGACGAGGCAGACGCAACCAGGGCCACAAAUCCAGCUGCCCAGCAGGCAGUGCUGGACAUGAGCAGCAAUCAGUACAAGAUAGCCACCAAGAACAGUCCAGCCCCAGUAAAGGUGAAGGCGCUGGGCAGCACCCUGAACAAAAAAUCACUGUUCGAUGGUCUCGAGGAGUUCGAUGCGACAGUGGAAGGCUUCAAUCUUAAGCCCAAUGCCAAGCGUUUGGUUAUUAAGCCCAAAGUAAGGAACGUAGAGAGCGCAAAUCCGUCCAACUCCAUUGGCAGCGCUCCCAACACUCCGCUGUCUCGUCCCAAAGCGGCAACUCCCGGCAAAGAACGCGAAUCCUUCGGCGGAGCCAUUCCUAGUGAACCAGCACCACCAGCAGGGAACUCUCCCGGAACAGCAAAUGGACGGGAAAGCCAGGAUAUCAGUCGUCGUGAGUCAUGGCUGCAUCCCAACAACCUUGAGAAGGUACGUCAGCAUAAUAUUCAGACCGGAUUGGACCAGGGAUCGCCCCAUAACAGCACCCUGAACGAGCUGGUGCCCCGCAAGCCGCUGGAUACAUACCGACCCUCGUCGACCGUUCGCCUUUCGGUGUCCACCAUCCCGGAAAACCCGUUCGAGGAUCAGGGUAGCACCAUUGCACGACGGGAAACAUUUACAUCGGAGCAGGCCAACGACAGCGUGUUUUCGAGCCGGUCUCAUGAGGCUGAUGAUUCUGCCGCGAACCGAUCCCGCCUUGCCAUUGAGGCAGCUGCUGCCGAGGCCGGCGACUACGAGUCCCAUCCCACAGGCAUUGUGCUGCGACGUGUGGGUUACUAUACAAUCCCAUCGCUGGACGACCUACGCUCCUAUUUGGCCGAAGACGGAUCCUGUGUGGUUCCAAACUUCACGGUGGGUCGCGAAGGAUACGGCAAUGUUUUCUUCGGAAAGGAGAUGGAUGUGGCUGGCCUGAACCUCGAUGAGAUUGUCCACUUCCGCAAUAAGGAGAUCAUCAUUUAUCCUGACGACGACAACAAACCGCCCAUUGGGCACGGCCUAAACCGAGAUGCUCAAGUCACUUUGGACCAAGUGUGGCCACUGGACAAGACCAAGCACGAGGCCAUCAAGGAGCCGCAACGCCUGCUCGAGAUGGACUGGGAGGGCAAGCUGCGCCGUGUGUGCGAUAAGAACGAUACGCGCUUUAUAGAAUACCGUCCAGAAACGGGCAGUUGGGUCUUCCGCGUCAAACAUUUCUCUAAAUAUGGCCUGGGCGACAGUGACGAGGAGGACGAGGUGCCCACCGACCCGAAGAAGGCCAAAAUGACGGCUAUCGAGGUCCAACAACGAGCAAACGCAGAAAAGAUGACCCUCAACUCGCUGCGCCAGGCGCAGAAGAUUUCGGAGGACGCCGCCCGUAGCUUGGAUCCCAAGGCCUUGGUCGCUGGAGUAGCCAGCGGAUUCCGACCAAUGGACGACACCGCCGAGUUCCUGUUGAUGGAUAAAACACAAUUUUUCCAAGCUGGUGCUAACUCUGACUUCUCCAUGUUCGAUGCUCCGCGUCAUCGUCCAAGUAUCACCAGCCCCAUAGUUACUUUGGCCCAGGAUAUGGUGGGAAACGAGCCGCACAAAAUGCAGCUGAUGAAGUCGUCCUUUUUUGUGGAGGACAACGCCAGCGAGGAUGAGCCCAUGGAGCCAGCUGGACGACUCCUUCGUCACCGCAAGUUUUUCAAUGUGGAACCUAGUGCUUGGAAAGAUGGCGCUUCUGAGAGCUCGAGUCAAUACGAUUUUGGACACCCAUCACCUGCUCUGCCGGUCUCUUCCUCUGUCUCUGAGGCCAGCCUGAUGUGUGAUGCCCAUUACGAGGAGACUUCGUCGAUGGCAACUGGAAGCAUUGUGGCUGCAGUCAAGGAGAAAAAGUCAGAGUUGGCAGUGGCCAAAGCCUUCAAGUUUGUGUGCAAGCCCAAGGUGGCUCCAGUUAAAGUGCACGCCACCACGGUUCCCUUGCCCAGAUCCAUUGCUCAUGAAAUGCGCGACAAGUGGGUCGCCGAUCUGGGAUUCUACAAAGGUCGCAGCUUCAAGCUUAGCUUUGGGCCGCAGAAUUCUUUGGUGCUGCCCAACACGUUCAACAACAUGCGGAACCUAAAAGAAUUUACCGGACCAGCUCUUCCCGCCUCCAUGGUAUUCGCUCCUCGCUUAGCCACUGAUAUGUCGCCCAAUGUAAUGCAGCUGGUGCAGUUUAACAUGGUCAAGGGCAACGAGGGUAUCCGAGAGAGCAUUGUUCCCCAUCUGGAGGUUCAGUUGAGCGACUGCCUCUCCGUAAAGGUGGAGGACAGUGAGUGUCCGUACAUACAUCCAGACAGCGGCACAAAACUAGUUUCGAAGCACUUCUCCGAAUCGCUUAAGCAGAGAAAUGCUGGCCUCAAAGAGGACUACGCCGUGUCCGUGUGGUCGCUUCUGUUCGCUCUCUGGGGCGAUCACGAUGAACUGGUAGACCUGGAGAAGAACUCCCACUACAUGGUCAUGUGUCGUCGCAAUUUGCUUUCCGAGUGGCUUGAGAAUACGCUGAUGGGCAAGGAUCUGCUUUCCAAGAAGGUGAGCAGCCACAGCUACCUCGAUCACAUGUUGGAGUUGCUUAGCUGCCACCGUGUAAACGAGGCUUGUGAGUUGGCGAUCAACUAUGAUGAUGCCAACCUGGCUCUCAUGCUAGCGCAACUCAGUUCCGGAGCUGUCUUCCGGCUGCUGAUGGAGGAGCAGCUCUAUGCCUGGCAGCAGAGCAAGUCGGAUAAGUACAUCGACCUGGAGCGUCUUAAAAUGUACAUGCUGGCAGCCGGAGUGCCCAUGAUGCAGUCCUCCAAGGGCGCUAUCAAUUUGCUGGAGGACAACAACUGGCUGACAGUGGUAGCCAUGCAACUGUGGUACUUCACAUCCCCGACCUCCACCAUUACGGAUGCCCUCAAUGCUUAUAACAACGCCUUCCAAGCGGAGGAGUGUUAUGCAGAGCCCCCAAAACCCAGCUACAAGGAUGCACCCACUGAUACUAAGAAACCCGUCUACGAUCUGCGCUACCACGUGCUCCAGCUGUACUCCAAGCGCACGCAUUCCUUGGAAGAAACCCUCAACCCGAUCACACAUACCGCCGAUCCAAUGGACUUCCGUCUAAGCUGGCUGCUAUUACAAACUCUGCGAGCUCUUGGUUACCGCCACUGUUCGCCUUUGACAGAGGCGCGUCUCUCGGUGGACUUCGCUAGCCAGCUGGAGAACGAAGGGCUCUGGCAGUGGAGCAUCUUUGUUCUGUUGCACAUUAAGCGACGACCCCAGAGGGAACGAGCAGUCCAGCAGAUGCUUCAACGAAAUGUCAGCGUGUCCGCAAAGGUACCACUAAAUGCGGAAGAGCGCUUUGUAGUCGAAGAGUUGGGUGUUCCGAUGUCAUGGGUGGACUAUGCAAAGGCGGUAAAGGCGGGAGCAUCAGGAAAACAUCAUCUUCAAGCCAAGUAUCUCCUAAAGGCCAAACACUUUGCACCGGCGCACGAUGUCAUCUUCCAACACAUUGCUCCUGAUGCGAUCAUAAACGGAAAAAUGGAGUACCUGCACAGCUUGCUCAUUCAGUUCGAGGACACCAAGGGCAGCAGCAUCCGAGUGCCCAACUGGGCCAACCAGGGCCAGAUCUUUCUGGAUUUUAUCGACAUCAGUGCCAAGUUUAAGCAGAUCCGCAAUGUGACCAAUAUUGCGGACAUUAAUGCGCGAUGGGAAAACCUGAAGCCUCAGCUAAGCGAACUCUGUUCGCGCAUCAGCCUGCUGCCGUGUCCCACCUCCAAACACCGCCUGUGCCAGAGCGAGAUCUCGCAGAGCCUCAGUUGUCUGGUGCAUGGCAUGUGCAUUGUCUGCCCCGAAAUGGAGCCAUCCUCAGUUCUGAAGGUGGCCCUGGAACGACUGCCGCUGCCGCAGGAGUUCUCCUCGAAGGAGCUGCGUAUCUUGCUGGAGGAGCUCCUGGAGAAGAUUGAGAACGAGCAACCAUUCAGCGAGAAGCAGCAGCCUACCAUGAUGGAGACAUAGGAGCAGAAAAACACAAAGCUUGGAGAUACAAUGUUUAGUUUAGGUUUGAAAUAAUUUAGGUAUAAUCCAUGGAUUAGCAUUUCCCUCGCAAAGGCUAGAAGGCCAGCUGUAGGAUAGGUUCGAGUGCUAGCAUCAUUCAUUCGUGACUGCUUCAUAGUUAAAAACGUUUCGUCAGAAAAGACCAGAAGAAUAAUAUUUUUGUUGAUUUGUUUAAUUGAUUUCUUUUUGAUCGCUCUCGGUCGAAAUUCUUAAAUUUAGUGUCAUAAGAAAGUAAAUAAACUGUGUUUUUAACAACGAUAA